GGAAGCAGCAGACUUGAUUUGCAUAUACCGUACGCUGUUUUGCCGUCGCAUCGCUUAAUAAGAAAACUGGAAAACAAGGAUAUGUUCUUGCGACUUUUGUUGGAAAUGGAAUUUUUGUACGGUGCAGAAAAGAGGCUACCAGCGCAUAUUACGGAUGGGAACUGGAUGAAAUAUAUGCAAAUGCCGAGCAUCAUCGAACGAUGCUGCUAUCUCUGCCAGCUUUAUGAGAGCAGAAAGGAACUGGAAGAAAACGAUGAGCAAAAGAUCUUACGGGCUAAAGAAAGCACUGGCGCCAAAAAACCCGCUCUAAACACACUUCAUUAUUUUGAAAGGGAGCAGUUCAGGAGAUUAACAUAUGAGAUGUUUGGAAGUCGAUUAUUAGCUCGAUGGCGUUGUAAUGAUUCAGUUCCUCCACUGCUUGUUGAUUGUAGAUACUUGUCGAAUUUAAAUUUCACGACACAAACAAAUAUUAUCAAGCAAAUUAAAGAUCUUGUACUCGAGAACAGUUUGCAGCGAAAUCCAUUUCCUAUUGUUUUCGUAAACUAUCACUCCACCAGUGACAUUGCUCUGGGAAUCGUGAAUUCAUGGCUCCGAAAGAGAUGCUUGCCGAAAUAUCGCCAGCUUAUUGUUGAUAAAAACGAUGAUUCACAACAGCAGCAGCAGAUUAACCAUAGCGUUGAAGGUGAGGAAAGCCAGCAGCGCGAUUCGGCUCCUUUUGUUCCUGUUGUUACAACUGCAACAUUUUGGAUAUUUUCAGAGCAGAUCGCUUACAUCAAUCCGAAAAGCGAACACUAUCUACCCGGCCCACUACAGCAGUAUAAAGCGUUUGUGUUUUGCGCAACUCCGGAUACCAACUACUUAAAUUCUUCGUUCAAAGCUGCUCGUGCAGAGAAGUUGAACUCCUUUCGGUUGCCUAUCAGUCAGUUUGUAAAUUUGGGUAAAACACCGGUAACAAUGCCAUUGAGGAUAACAGCAAAUAUAAUCCGUGAUGUUUAUGCGAGUGAUGUGCAAUGGAGAGAAGCAUUCCAGAAGCAUAUACCUUAUUUCGAUGUUGUGGCCACCGAUGUGUACCGCAGUCAUGAGAAUGACAAAAAUAACCUCCAGAAUUAG